AUGCGUCUUUUGCCAUCCACGGCCUGCGCCCGCUCAGGGGCGCGACAACUGUCGCUGCCGCUGCUGCCAUCCUGUCGUCGGUGUUACAUGCAGGGUGGUGCCGCCUCCUCGGCGAGGGAAAACUCGCACAGACAGCAGGGCUUCUACUCUCUUGGGGAAUACCUACAGCGCCUUCCUCGUGGCAUUCGCGAUCUGUUGCUGUGGUCACCAGCCAUCGCGGCAGCGUAUUUUAUUUUGUACAAGCAGGCGGUGUACUUUUUGCCAUCCGUGCGGCAACGGUUGCUAAUCCGCCCACUCACCACAGCCCCCACCCCCGGUGGGAGUGGCACGGACCCGGUGCAUCGAAGCGGUGGCGUGCAAGUUUACAGGGACGAUGCGUCUGGGGCUGUGGCGAAUGGCCAGCUGAUUACGCUGGUGGACAACGGUCAGUUGGCCGCUGUCCCUGCACCACCCCCGCCCAUUCCGCCAUUCUCUACGGGGACGGGGAUGGAUGCAAAGCCGCUUCAGGUCGUACGUGACGCGGAGACGGGCAAAGUCUCUGGCUACACCGCGGUAGGAUGA